AACACACCCGGCGCAAUGGCCUCUCACCAACUUGCCAUUGCAAAAGCCUCAUUCUCGGCAGGGCUAUUACGCCCCGACCCCACGUCCGUUCCACGCGACGAGAUAGUUGCCUUCCACACCGCACUCGACAGGGCGUUGUCGCAUUGCACCCCAGCAAACAUCCAGACCUGCAAAACAUGGCUGCUCAAUCUUGUCGUUUCAUCGUCUAAUCGGGUGGGCGGGUUGGCCAAAUACCUCGUUGCUCUGUCUGGGUCCCUCGAUGACUCGGAGAAGCCCGGCGGCGGCCGACCUCGUCCGUCCGGCAAACGGAAGAGGUUGCAUAUCCUUUAUCUGUUGAACGACCUAUUUCACCAUACCAAGUUUCACCUGGACUCGACCGCUUCUUUUUCGACCCUGAGCGGCUCGAUACAGCCGUUUAUCGUGGAACUGCUCGGGUACGCGGCGUCGUACGACCGGGCGAAGAACCCCAAACACCAUAGACGAUUGGACGAGCUGCUGGAUAUUUGGGAGCAGAAUGGAUACUACGGCAGCGACUACGUCAACAAGCUUCGCGAGGUGGUGAAGAACUCGGCUCUGUCCGGGCCGGUCAAAGCCUCCGUGGACGUCGAGACGAGCAAUCUGGACUUUGCGAAGAAACAGCCCGGGAAGGAUGCCCCGUUCGUCAUGCCGGCCACCCACGGCGAUUCUUCCACCCCGUUCUACGAUCUCCCGGCCGGCAACCUCGUCCCGCAUAUCAUCCCCAACGUGACGGUACCGCUCCGACCGGACUCCAUCAAACCGCUGCAGUUCCUCGCCGGACCGGCAGACGAGAAACUGGUGACGGCGCUCAAAGUGUUCCUCAGCGAUGCCGAGAGCAUAUACGACGCGAGAAAGCCUGAGCCCAAGGAAGACCAAGUCGUGGACAUCGACGAGCUAGGCCAGACUGUGAUCCGGGACGGGUCCACAGGAGACAUUGUCGCAGGGAGCACAUACUACGGAUGGUCGCGGGGAUUCUGCCAAGAGAUGAAGAAGAGAGACACAUCGUCCAGCUUCCGCAGUCGCAGCCGGAGCCGCAGCCGGAGCGAGACCCCCCGAAGACGACGAUACAGCGACAGUCUCGCCAGCGACGACAGCCGAUGGAGCCGGUCCCGCUCACGCAGUCGGACACCGCCGCGCAGACAGGACCACUACGAUUCUCGAUCGCGCAGCCCAUCAGGGCGGGGAUCAGGGUCCCGCGAAAGAUCCUACUCCCCUCAACCACCCGCCCCGCGAUCCGUUCCUCCUCCUCUUCCACAACAACCACCCUUCCCGCACACCCAACAACACCCACACGGCUACGCCCCCCCUCACUUCCCACCUCCCCCACCACCGCAAAUGCACUUCCCACCACCAGCAGGAAGCCCUCCAACUGGGUAUCCACCCGCCAUACCACCAGGCCUCCCCCCUCCGCCGCCACCACCAAACUACCAGGGCCCAUGGCCGCCUCCUCCGCCUAUCCCAGGCUACGGAGGUGGGCCAGGGGGAGGGGGGCCGAGUGCAUUCCCUCCACCGUUCCCGGCCCAGGGCGCACAGUUCCCUCCAAUGCAUAUGGGAGGAUCGGGACAGCAGAUGCCCCCGGGGCAGUAUCACUUCCCGCCGCCGCAUGCGGGGCGGGGGUGGGGACAGUAUGGGUAUCCGCCUGCGGGACGGGGGUGGAGGUGAUGUAUAGAUAUGAUCAUUUAAUGAGAAGAUAUUCAAAUAUGAAGAAAGAAG